AUGACUAAAGUUACAGUGUUAGGAGCUGCCGGUGGCAUUGGGCAGCCGUUGUCGCUGCUGUUGAAGAUGUCGCCAUACGUGUCGACGCUUGCGCUCUACGAUUUGAGGCUUGCGCCAGGUGUAGCUCGCGAUCUUUCCCACAUCAACACCAACGCCACAUGCGUGGGCUUUGACAAGGACGCUAUCGGCGAGGCUUUGGACGGAGCGCAUAUAGUGGUGAUCCCCGCAGGGGUGCCCAGAAAGCCAGGGAUGACGCGGGACGAUCUGUUCAAGAUCAACGCGGGCAUUGUGGCGAACCUGGUGCGUGCCGCGGCCCAACACGCUCCUCGCGCGCGGAUCCUGGUGAUUUCGAACCCGGUGAACUCGACGGUUCCUGUGGCGUGCGAGACGCUCAAGAAAAUGGGGGCGUUCCAGCCGGGCAAGGUGAUGGGUGUCACCACGUUGGACGUGGUGAGAGCACAGACGUUUUUGAGCGACAGUUUGGGCGCCGACAGCUACAGCCGGGAGUCGAUGAAGCGUGCGGUGACCGUGGUGGGUGGACACUCCGGGGCGACGAUAGUGCCCGUGUUGCUGGACCCCAAGUUGCGGUCGAAGCUGGUGGGCCGCCGCCGCUACGACUCGUACGUCCACCGCGUCCAGUUCGGCGGUGACGAGGUGGUGGAGGCCAAACAGGGCGCCGGUUCCGCGACGCUGUCGAUGGCACUGGCCGGAUACCACUUUGCAGACCAGAUCUUGCGCAGCAUCCAUUUGGAGAAGCCCGACGUGGCCCCGCUGCCGGCGUUUGUGUACCUGCCGGGGAUCGAGGGCGGCGCGGAGCUGCAGAAGAAGCUGAACACCAAGACCGAGUAUUUCGCUGCCCCCGUUGAGCUUCGCCGCGGCGACGUGGUACGCAUCGACACCAAAUGGCUGGACAGUCUCGGGGAUCUGGAACGCAAGACGCUGCAGGUGUGUUUGGGCGAACUGGACGGCAACAUCCAAAAGGGCCGGAGGUUUGUACAGAGCAAACUGUGA